AUGCGUAGGUACCUACCUUUUACCUCGUGGGAUAAAUUGCCGUCGUGCGGGGUUUUGGGGUUGGUUCUCCUCACGUUCGUGGCGGGGAAGAUAGGGGGUCGGGGAGGGUAUAUAUCCAUCCCGGGUUCUUUGUCUGAUGAUGGAUUGUGGUGGUCUCGUCAAUUGUGUCUUGUUCUUGGAGUGAUGACGAUGGCUCGUCUUUGGUUUGUUGGUGCAGCGGCUCUUGGGGUCUCGCUGGCUUCGGCGCAAGCGGUGAUUUCUGCUCAGGGGUGCACGUCGAGAUCGUUUACUAUUCCGAGUUGGUUUGUCGAGGACCUUACUGCUACUGAAGGGGGGGCGUCGUUUUCGCUUUUGAACCGGGCGACGAACCAGACAGCUGAGUACACUUGCCAGGGGGGCAAUUGCUCGGCGGAGGAAGAGAUCGAGGACCUGGUUGCGUCGGUCCAGAUCUCCGGGACGAGAGCGAGUGUUUCGGUCAACCAGACAUGGUCUUGCAGUGACCGCACCCCCGAAACAAAGUUCACCGCCGCCGGAACAGCCUCCGUCCCCCUCACCGACGGCAAAGCAGACAGCUCCCCCCUCCUCGUCAAGGGGUCCCUCCUCCAACCCGUCGCCCUCACCCCCAGAUACAACGAAGGCCCCACAGGCCACGACACCCCCGGGUGCCUCGCCAAGUCCGAAAACCCCAGCUGGGUCCUCUCACACGUCAUCUGGGCCGACCAAGACGGCGACGAGAUCACCUCGGUCAAAGAGCAGCGUCUAACCUUCAUCCUUACCAACCUCGCCAACGGCUACGAGGCAAGCUGCAUGUCCCAGGGCCCCGUAGCAACCAACAUUUUCUGCGCCGGCACCGAGUUCCAAUCCUUUACCAUCGGCCGCUACAGCAUCUCCACAGCAGUCCAGUUCGAUCCCGCAACCUACAGCGUGACCGUAAGCCAGACUUGGUUUUGCGACGAUCACAACCCAGCUAAGCCCCUCCAAAUCUCCGCCACCGGAACCCUCCCCCUCCCCCUCUCAUGCACCACCGAGCCCAUCCCCUCCUCGCCCACCCACCUCAAGAAAUUCUGCACAGUCCCCACGACCGACUCGACCGUUUCUCUCACAGGCACCCUCGGCACGGUCGUCACCCUCCAGCCGUACUCCAUCGAGGACCCCGUCCCUGCCACCCAAGACUCGUGCACCCUCUCCUCGAUCUACAGUCCCAAAUGGCAGUUUUCGUAUUUCAGUACCUACAACGGCUCGAUAUCGUUUGAGAUUAUCCUCCAGACAAACAGGGGGUUUAGAUACCCUAAUCCCGUUUACCAGGGCAAGUCUGCCGGGGAUGGGUGGUGGGAGUGUGAGAUGGGGUAUGAUGGUGGUGCUCAGGUGCCCGAGGGGCCGUUGUGGCCAUACAAAUGCCAGUUUAGGUGGGAUGAGGGGAGGAAGGAGUUGAGUUUGAGGGCUGAGUGGGAGUGUUUGGAGUUGGAUGCCGAGAAUCCGGUCCGCUUCUCGGGAGUGUCGACCGCCACCGUCAACAGCAACAUUGUUUGCGAAAAGGUCGAGCAUAGGGAGUACACCGACGAGCCGCUCGGGGAAGGCGAAGAGCUGACGAUUCCUGAGCCGGUGGGCGUGGUCGACUAUUGCUACACUGAGAAUCCGAGUUAUGCCUGGGUUGGGGACGUUAAGGAUGUCACUUGGACUUCGGGGAAGAGUUUGUGAGGAGAGAGGUGUAGACACGGCUGUGUGUAUUGACCAAGACGUCUAAUCUAAAUACAUGCAAAGAUCUGAAUAGACUUUCCCCAAUC